GUGGUGCUGAGGCAGACAGUGCCAGUCUGCGGGCUUGUGCUCUGCUGCAUCCCCUGGGUUAUCACCGUGUCCUGAGGCACAGCCUUCCCCUUUUCCCUGGUUACGGUGGCGGUGGCUGAUAGCGAGCCGGCAGGGACACCUCGCUCCCUCCUGCCGGAGCGGCAGGCGGGAAGGACAGGCCAUGUUGUCCCUCCUGCCAGGCCAAGGGAUGAUGCCAACAGGGGCAUCGGGGCUGCUGUAGAGGGGAAGGGGCCAGCACCUCCUCCUCCACAUCCUGCUCCAGCAUUUGAGGAGGCAUCCAGGAUCUUUCCAGUGAAAGGAAGCUGGUGGCCUUCAGGUCUUGUCAGGAAAGGACUAUCAAGCCACGCUCAGCCUCAGCACACCUGGAAGUCUGCAAGGCACAAAUCCCACUGCAGGGGUGGACAUGGCUGGCAGCAGGAGGGCUGCGUGGGUCACUGUCACCUCUUGCCACAUCAGUGAUGAAGCUGAACCUCCGGAGAUGGUCCCCCUGGAUGGCUUGUCCUCCCUCCCUGCACUGCAGUGCCCCAGAAAUGCUGGUGGAGGGCAGACCUGGGCUGGAUGGAACCCCAAAUCUGCUUUCCCCUCCUUCUCCGGGUCAGACAUUGUGGGAGAUACUUGGUCUGCUCUGUGCCAUGCUACUAAUAAUUAAUUAAUAAGAGCUAGUAACAUCAAUUAAUUGCUAAUACUCCAAGGACAGGGCAGGGGCCAGGCUCACCAUGGUGGGAUAUUAAUGUUCCCUUGAGGUGCUGGGCAACAUGUCCUGAACACGCAGCAUUGAGGGGUGACUGCAAGGCCCACAGGGGUCCAUGGGACCCCGCCCCCCUCCAUCCUUCCUCUCCCACCGGAGAGCAGUGGGCUUUUUCUCUGCCACCCCCUCCUCACUGGAGCAGGAAGCGGCUGAGCCUGCUGGAAGGCUGGGCAGAGAGGAGUUAACUCCAAAUCCAACCUCAGGGAGAGGGGAAAAAAAACACAACAGAGAUCAAUGGAUCAGCAGCAAGAGCAGAGGGAGGGAAAAGGGGGAGACAGCGAGAGAAGAGCUUCAGAACGAGAGAGACUCGUGGGGGAGCCAGGAGAAGAGAGAGCAGAGCUGGCGGCAGGCAGGAGGAGGCAGCGGAACACCAGGCAGGGGUGACAGUGCUGCCUCGCCAAACUAUUCGGUGGCCCUUAUCCUCCUCUCCACCACUGCUGCCUGGGCUGGACCGGAGGUCUCCCCUGAGCAAGCAGCAAAACUGCAGGCCCUUCCUCGCAGAGGUGAGUGCCAGCUUGCCAAGCUGAGAGAUGGCCUCGGGCUCCCUGAGCAGGGACACAUGGGUGCCCAGAGGUUCCCCAUAGUCUAUGUGUGAGGUGCAUGCACAAGGGGAGACAAGGACAUCCCAUGGGGGCAGGUGGAGGGCCAGAUAGUUACCAGUAGGACAGGGGGGACUGCAGAAUCAGAGAGGCAGGGACGACGACGUUUUGGUGUGAUACAGAGAGGCCGCUGAGUAGGAGAAGUAGUAUGAGCUGAGGGAUGGGGGAGCAUGCAGUGAAGGAGCUUGCAUGACCCAAAAAAGAGUUAAUUGCAUGUCAACAGUUGCUAGAUAACGUGUCUUUCCCUCCUGGUUGCUGCUCAGCGAAGGACAAUUUGUUCUAAUGAUAGCACAACAUGGGGAAGGCUUGUUAGGACAUAGGCUGUUAAUGCACCCCACCUGAGUGUUGCUCAGGGCUGGAGGAAGUUUUGGAGCAAAUCACAGUAUUUUGAGCUGCAGUAAUAGUGUGCUUCUUCACAAUGGUCAUUGUGUUGUGUUUCAGGCAACACUGAGGUCUUCCCCUUAUCCUCUCCUAGCUGCCACCAUCCAACCUGUGACCACCUCUCAGCAUCAGGAAAAGGUGCCCUAAGGUGCCCUUCCUCCAUAGAGCAUAACUAUACUGCACAGGGAGCAAGGAGCAGCCAGUUCUGGGGUGGAAGUGGUCCCAGCUUAAGGAGCUUCCUUGAGGCAGGAGUAUGGUGGGGUGCUGCUGCUGUGGGGUGUCAUCAGGUCUCCGCUGCCAGAGAUGGCACAGCCCUAAGUUGAUGUGCCAGGACCACUCUCAGCCCACGUGGGACCACCACCCCCUUCCCCGUGGCCUUGCAGCUGAGCCCUGUUAACAUCAGCUAGGAUUUAGACUUGCCAAAGCAAGCAAUCCCAAGAGGUUUAGCAGUUUUGGGAUUGUAGGAGGAAUGUAGGGGAGGCCAGGCAGCAGGACAGGGCUUGAGACAGCUUCAGAGGGCUGGGAGCACAGGAGAUGCCAUGGUGGGGAUGUGAAUCUGGGCAGGAGAAGAGGGCUUCAGCUCCACUCAAGCCAGGCAGAUGUGAACUGACUGAUCCCAACGGCAUUCUUGCCAGUAACGCCAUGAGGAUCUUGGUGUCAUCACUUAAUUGUCUGGUUGGGAUUGGCAUCUCUGGGAGAAACAUGGGCAUCAAACAAAGGCCGGGAUCAGGCACCAAAGGGCCAGAGCUCGGGUGGCCACUGUGGUCAACACACCAUCCAGCACCCACAUGCCCAUGGCCCUGCACAGGUGCUGUGUCUCCCUUUCCCCCCAUGCAGGUCCCCACGGUCAGAUGGGGAGAUGUCAGGGGGAUGGAAUGCCUCUUCUGACAGCCCGGAGCUACGAGCAGCAGGGAUCAUUGUGCCUGUCAUCUUCUCCCUCAUCUUCCUCCUGGGUACUGUAGGGAAUGGACUGGUGCUGGCUGUGCUGCUGCGGAACGGCCAAGUCAAGUACAACACCACCAAUCUCUUCAUCCUUAACCUGGCCAUGGCCGACCUGUGCUUCAUCAUCUGCUGUGUCCCCUUCCAGGCCACCAUUUACACCCUGGAUGGGUGGCUCUUUGGGGCCUUUGCUUGCAAAGCUGUGCAUUUCCUCAUCUACCUCACCAUGUAUGCCAGCAGCUUCACCCUGGCCGCCGUCUCUGUUGACAGGUACCUGGCUAUUCGCUAUCCACUGAAGUCCCGGGAUCUCCGCACCUCCCGAAAUGCAGGAGUGGCCAUUGUAGCAAUCUGGUCACUGUCGCUGCUCUUUGCAGGGCCUUACCUCAGUUACUACCAGAUUGUCCAUUACCAAGGGGUGCCCAUCUGCAUCCCCAUCUGGGAGGACCAGCGCCGAAAGGUUCUGGACAUCCUCACAUUUGUCUUUGGAUACCUCCUGCCCGUGACUGUGGUAAGCCUGGCAUAUGCCAGGACCAUCAAGUUCCUGUGGACCUCCGUAGACCCCAUAGAAAGGAUCUCGGAGUCCCGGAAGGCCAAGUGUAAGGUCACCAAGAUGAUUGUGGCUGUGGCCAUCCUUUUCUGCCUCUGUUGGCUGCCCCACCACCUGGUCAUUCUGUGCUUUUGGUUUGGCCACUUCCCCUUCAACCAAGCGACUUACGCUUGCCGCUUGGCUUCCCACUGCCUUUCGUAUGCCAAUUCCUGCCUCAACCCCAUUGUCUACGCCCUCAUCUCCAAGCAUUUCCGCAAGCGUUUCAAGCAGGUCUUCACCUGCCUCUUCCAGAACAAGACCAGGAAGAAGAGGAAGAGAGUUGGAAAGAAAGUCCACGUGGUCAAUGUGGAUAAAGGUUUCACCAACAGCAUCAGAGGUUUCUAUGGAGGCAACACUGAGGUGACUGAGGUCCCAGAGGAGAACACCAGGAAGAGGGACCCUGAAGGUGCCAGUCAUGCCAAAGCAUGGUCUCACCAGCUACAAGAUGCCAUGGUCUCUGUUCAGAAGGAGCUACUGGAGGAGGAAAGUUUGGCAACAGCUGGCCAUCCCCUAGCCAUGACCCCUCCAAGAGGAACUCGGGAGUUUCUGACUGUUCGCUACAGAUGAACAAAGUGAAGAAACCCGUUUUCCAGCCAUGAGUAGCCACUCAAUUCCCAAACAGGAAGAAUAGUGUGGGGCAGAGGGGAAUGGAUGCAGCAGAGCCACUGAAGGAUCCUGUGGCCACAGUUAACCCAUUGUCCCCACUCAACCUCACUCACUGGCCCACAGCAUUCAUAUAGGAAUGACACAAUCCACCUGUACGUAUGCAGAAUGGAGGGACAUGUUAAUGUGAUGCCAAAUGACCUGGGUGGUAUUCCUGCAACAGGCCUCCAUUUCCCUUCUUCCUAACUUGCUGAUUUUGUGUAGCACCUUGAAACUCUCAAGAAGGAGGCAACCAAAAUGAAAACAUCGUGGUAGGAAAUCCAGACUGUUAAGGGCACAUCAGAGCAUGGGUGGGAAGGGUAAAGAGAGGGCAUAGGGACCUGAGUGUGAACAGGGUAGCUGGCAGCCUCUCCCCUGGGCAGCCCCAAGCAGUGAAACACUGUCUGCUGCUCACAUGUCCUUCUUUUCCCUUGUCCACCUCCAUUGUCUUUGCCUCUGCAACCACAUCACAGGACUUUUGCCACACCGGCUGAUGUACAAGGAAGCCAGCUGUCUGUGCCAACAGCUUGAUGAUGCAAACUCCACAGCAGUCACUAGUCAUACUCAAAUGAUUUCUGCCAUGACAGGUGAAGAAUGGAAAGGCUUGUGUGUGGACACCUCUGCAUGCCUCCUUUCUGCACCUAUGGCAUCUCUGAAGUUCAAAGAGGAAAGGACUAUCUGUCCAGCCUCUUCUCUCCACCCUGCCCCACCAGAAGUACUCACUGGAGGAUGUUUGCUAGAGCUCUGUUCCACCUGGCUUUAGCUCUUGCAAGCAGAUCCUGCAGGAUCCUGUCCCAGUUCAUAGUCCUGCUCGCAGUUCAGAAAUAUUUGAUAGCCAUCCUCAGUUCUUCCUAAACAAACCUGGUAACGCCUCCUUCCACCACAUUGCUCCACCUGAUCAAUGCCUCUGCUUACUUUCUGUCUGUCUUUUGCAAAUUCCUGAGGGAUUGCUACCUCCUCUGUGAUCUUUCUUGGCUACUCAGUUUCAUCCCUUCUUUCUGGGGUUUAAGGACCUGUUACUCUCUGAGCAGUGACGUUAUUCACUGGUAUUAGCCCCAUGUGUGUGGUUUACUGACUUGGACAGACAUUUUUUUCCAUGUGAUGGUGAUGAUUAUGAGUGAAUUGAUGGCUGUCACCAAAGCAGAAGAAAGUAGCCAAGCUGCAAAACGAGCUGUGGAGCCAGGUGACAGUUGUGGUGAGGCAAAGGAGGAAGAAACAGGUUGAUCACAGCCACGUGCACUUGAUUAAAUCCUGUCUCCUCAGUACUCCAUUUUACCUGAUGGAGAGGGCUUCCAGGAGAGCAUGAAGCCAGCACUGCCCAGCGGAUUGGGACACCUUCCAAGACAGCCAUGGUUGUGAGAUUGCUGAUGGAGCCAUGUCCGCUAGAGAGCAAAACUUGCCCCUGCUCUGUCCCUGCUGCCUCAAGCAGCUGCUGGGAAGCCUUUAGCUAUAGUAGCAGCUCAAUGAUACCCUGCUGCAGAGCCAACAGUCCCCCGGGCCUGCCAGUGGGAAGGAUGGGAAGUACCAUGGGGAUGGCAGGGUGGGACAAGAAAUCGCAU